GAGUAUCUUCGAGUGACAUUCGACGAUAUGGUCGAGAAUUUUACUUUCGUCACUGCGAUCACGUUCGAGGAUACCUCGCGAGAUCGUACAAAGAGCUUUUCCGAUUACUCGACAUCCGAGUACUGUGCUCCACAAACGGAAAAACCUUCCGUCCAAACGAAGGAACCAAGAAAUACCGACGUCGCUUCGAUGGACGCCACGAUACCAAUGGAAACGGGAACGGGAACGGGAACCGUGGCAUCGACGACACCGAUGUCGGUGUCGCUCAAAAACGAAUGCAUCGCAACGAUUAACCAAAGAAGAAUCUACAGCGAUUCUUUUCUGGCUAGCUGCGCGGAACUCGCGAGUUACAGCAACAGCCGUACCAGCACGAUGCACGACAGUGAAGACUCCGCGGCGGCAACCUGGCUCUCUCAGGUUCGUCGACGAUGCUUGAACAUUUGCAAUUGGUUGCCGAAGGUGUGUCCUUGUUUUGAAAUCGGCGUCGCGAUCCCCGGAUUUUGCGGUCGAUCCGCGAACCGAGUUGGACGUUACGAGAGAUUUGGUUUCAUGGGUGACGACGCGUUCGAGUUCGACCGCGCGACGACUAGUCCGGGUACGAGAUACGAUGACUGCGAGAACGACAAUACCGGACACCGCGAUCAAAUCCGCGACGACAGUCAAGUGGAGGAGCUGCAAUUUUACAACGACGAUCUAAAGACUAGGAACAGUUUGCUCGUCGAGAGAAAUGUUCGCGCGGUUGAUUUGUGCGAGGUGCUCAAAGUGAAGAAGAAUGUGUCCGGAAUCGCUUGGUCGAUCGUGGAAGCGUGGCCGGAACUGGGAAUUGAACGUACACUGGAAGAUCACGAAGACGUCGUUGCAGUGCACAGAGAGAUGAGACUGUUCGCGUCUCGGUUCCACAGGAAAUUUGUCUUCCGAAAGGAUUUCCUCAAGUACGAAUUCUUUCUGGACCCCAAGCAAUUUUUCCCAACCGACAUGGCCGCGUUUCCCAGCGCUGUCCUCGCAAUGGACAACGGUGAAACGCUGAUCGACGCGGAAAGCGCUUUACGAAAAUAUCUGCAGCAAGAGAAUGCGGAAUGUCCACGGGUGUUGAGUCUGGCGUGGGUACGAUGCGGAUAUUUCGACGUUUGGAGAAAAAUGUACAUGUUGCUGCGAAACCAAAAGCUCUACGUGGCGAAGAAGGAAGCCGACCAACUGUCUAUUUUCGCGCACUUGCCGGAUUACGUGGUGUACAAAAUCGCGAACGCGAAGUGGCGUUUCAACGCACCCUUCGAGUGGGGACUCUGCUUAAGGCCAAUCAACGACUCUGCAGCCAAAAGUACCGUGACAGGAGAAUCCGGACUCAAGGUCAUCGCUUUCCAGAGUGAAAAGUCCCGUAUUUGCUGGCUCACGGCCAUGAGACUCGCCAAGUAUGGUAAGCAGCUCAGGGACAACUAUAGAGCCUUCAAGAACAAACAAUGCGAGCCGACUACCGGGGAUAGCGCUCACAACGUAUCGAACGAAUCUGUGCGAUCACGCGUGGCCAUGGACUUUACGGGAAGCGUCGGUAGGAUCGUGGAAGAUCCGAAGGAAGCAAAGGAUAUCGCGGAGAGCGAAGGGACCAAUUGGCGGCGAACCUGGAGGCCGUUCUCGAGACCGCCACCGGGAUGCGCGGUCCUCAGUCUUCACGGGCUCGACGACGGUGUUCACGUCUUGCAGCCGUGGUUUCACAGAGGUUUGAAAAGAGAAAUCGCGACGGCAAUCGUCAGGGAUCACGGUUCCGUGGACGGCGUGUUCCUGGUACGAGAGAGCAAGAGCAACUCGGGAGCGUUUGUGUUGACCUACAAAUACAGCGACAAAGUGUUUCACACUCAGAUUCAACCGGUUUUCGACGAGCGAUGCAACUGUUGGCUGUACACUCUGGACAAGGGCGUGACCAAGUUCUACGAUCUGCUUCAAUUGAUAGCGUUUUACCAGCUGAACGCGGGCUCGUUGCCCACGAGAUUGACCCAUUACGUGCAAAACGUGGUCCCGGCGUCUUUGCUAAGACCGGAAGACGGCGGGGGCGCGUCGCCUACGCCACCCUCGCCGAUCGAGGUCCGUCACCAGUCGUCCAUCGACGCCGCGAAUCCCGACAAGUCGUCGAGUCACGAGACUAUCUGAGGAUAGGAGUUUCGGCGGCCCAAUAGCCUCGACGAGCGUCUCCGCGUUGGCCGCGAUGACCGAGCAAACAGGAACACGUUCAACGUCACCGCCGACGCGAACGUUGCCUCGAGGCGAUCGGGUUGCUGGAGUUUGUGCCUGUGUAGCUACAACAAGUGGAACUUGUAACGAACUCCCCCGAUCGGAGCGAACGUAACCAACGACACGACCCGAAUCGACACGGAAACAUGGAAAACCGAAGCGUACGUCGAUCGCCAGAGGGAGAGAGAGAGAGAGAGAGAGAGACUAUUCGUAUUCGGCACCCUUCGAGAUUCCGAUCGGCCGAGUCGCGUAGGAACAGCUCGAGGAUAACCUACGGUUUCGACCAGCACGUCGCAACUUGUUCUAUUUUCGUAAUUUUUCUCAUCCGAACGACAUCGCGAAUAUUCGACGACUCGAAGAAUCGAUUUUGACAGCGGUUAAUCAAGCUCGAUUCUUUUACGUUGAUACCGCGCACCUUUGUCGUACGUUCCACAUCGGUUAUCGAUAGACGCUGAACUCGCUAGCGGAAAGUAGAAGUUGAACGGUUGCCGAAAACACGUCCCUUUCAGACUGACGAAUCGUUUACUAUCCUUCUUAUCCUUCAUAUCCUUCUUCCUCUCCUCCUUCUUGCCCUUCGUAUUGUUAUUAUUAUUAUUAUUAUUAUUAUUAUAAUUAUCAUCGUCAUCGUCAUU